CCCUCGAUUUUUCCUUCUUACUGCUUCAGUGCUUUCUUUCACUCUCGUCGUCAGUUGCAAUUCAAAAUCCGGCGACUAGCCGGAGGAAUUAUCAAUCAAAGCCAUAUCGAGCUCCUGCAAUGGAAUUCAUGACAUGGUCUUCGUUUUGUCGUUGAUUUUUUUUUCACUUGGGCGGUAUUGCUGCGAUGGAUUUCAUUUCCGCUUCUUCCAUCUCUUCACCCUUUUUCACACGGCUGUCUCCGCUUUCUCUCAGCCCAGGUCUAGUAUCGUUAAAACCUAGAUAUCGGGUCAAUAAUCGGAGAUUUGGGUCUAGAGAAUCCAAGAAAUCUAGGAAAAUUGUGCCCAUUAGAGGCUGUUUUGGUUGCUCCGGCGUACAUGGGAGCUUUGUAAGCUCGAGCCAGCCUGAAGAUGGGAGUAAAGUUGUUUCGGAAUCACUGAGGCUAUGUACAGAGGGAAAUGAGCUUGUGCCAUUGUCUGGGUAUAGCGCGAAGACGAGAAAGAGUCUAAUAGAGUUUUUGUCGAAGCCUUUAGUUCACGCAUUGUUUUGUAUUGCAAUUGGGUUUUCACCAAUUCAAUCGUUUCAAGCUCCAGCUUUAGCUGUGCCCUUCCUCAGUGAUGUGAUAUGGAAGAAAAAGAAAGAGACGAUUAGAGAAAAAGAGCUGGUUUUGAAAACAGCUGAUCAUGAGUUCUCGGGUUAUACUCGGAGACUGUUGGAGACAGUCUCGGUUCUACUCAAGAGUAUUGACAAGGUCAGAAAUGAAAAUGGAGAUGCUGCUGAAGUGGGAACGGCCUUGGAUGCAGUGAAGGUUGAGAGUGAGAAAUUGCAGAAAGAGAUAAUGAAUGGAUUAUAUAGUGAUAUGAGGCGGUCGAGGAAAGAGAGAGAUGCGUUAAUGAAACGAACCGAUGGAAUUGUAGAUGAGGCCCUAAGACUGAAGAAAGAGAGUGAAAAACUGUUGAGAAAAGGUGAUAGGGAGAAAGUGGAGAAAUUGGAACAGAGGGUGGAUAUAAUUGAGAGCGAGUACAACAAGAUAUGGGAGAGAAUAGAUGAGAUUGAUGAUGUCAUUUUAAAGAAAGAGACAACAACUUUGAGUUUUGGUGUUAGGGAGCUUAUGUUCAUUGAAAGAGAGUGUGGAGAGUUGGUUAAGAGCUUCAACCGAGAAAUGAAGCAAAAAAGUUUUGAAAGUACUCCUGAAAGCUCCAUUACGAAACUCCCGAGGUCGGAGAUUAAGCAGGAAUUGUUGAAUGCUCAAAGAAAGCACUUGGAACAAAUGAUAUUGCCUAAUGUUUUGGAACUAGAGGAGGUUGAUCCCUUGUUCGAUCGUGAUUCAGUGGAUUUUUCUCUACGCAUAAAAAAACGCCUUGAGGAAUCGAAAAAGCUGCAGAAAGAUCUUCAGGAUCGUAUCCGAGGACGUAUGAAAAAGUUUGGUGAAGAAAAGAUUUUUGUGGUUAAAACUCCAGAAGGUGAAGCUGUCAAGGGCUUCCCUGAAACUGAGGUGAAAUGGAUGUUUGGAGAGAAGGAGGUGGUUGUUCCGAAAGCUAUCCAGCUCCAUCUUCGCCAUGGUUGGAAAAAGUGGCAAGAAGAAGCAAAGGCAGAUUUGAAACAGAAACUUUUAGAAGAUGUUGAUUUUGGUAAACAAUAUAUUGCGCAGAGACAGGAACAAGUUCUCCUAGAUCGAGAUAGAGUUGUUUCAAAGACUUGGUAUAAUGAAGACAAAGAUAGGUGGGAGAUGGACCAUAUGGCUGUUCCAUAUGCAGUUUCCAGGAAACUGAUUGACAGUGCCAGGCUUAGGCAUGAUUAUGCUGUAAUGUAUGUUGCACUAAAAGGAGAUGACAAGGAGUAUUACGUUGACCUCAAGGAAUAUGAGAUGCAAUUUGAGAAAUUUGGAGGGGUUGAUGCUCUAUACCUCAAAAUGCUUGCUUGUGGAAUCCCAACUUCUGUCCAUCUGAUGUGGAUACCCAUGUCAGAGCUAAGUCUUCAGCAACAGUUUCUGUUGAUUACAAGGGUGGUUUCUCGACUCUAUACCGCAUUGACAAAGACUCAACUUGUAUCACAUGCGAAGGAUAUUCUGUUAGAGAGAAUAAGGAAUAUAAACGAUGACAUUAUGAUGGCGGUCGUGUUUCCAGCCAUCGAAUUUAUCAUUCCUUACCAGUUAAGGCUGCGUCUGGGAAUGGCUUGGCCGGAAGAAAUAGAUCAGGCUGUUGGCUCAACAUGGUACUUGCAAUGGCAGUCUGAGGCAGAAAUGAACUUCAAGACCCGCAAUACAGAAAAUUUUCAGUGGUUCGUCUGGUUUCUAAUUCGAAGCUUUGUGUACGGGUUUGUUUUGUAUCAUGUUUUCCGCUUUCUGAAAAGAAAGGUUCCAAGAGUUCUUGGCUAUGGACCCUUCCGUCGUGAUCCAAACGUGCGAAAAUUCUGGAGAGUGAAAUCAUAUUUUACUUAUAGAAGAAGGCGAAUAAAACAAAAGAGAAGAGCUGGAAUCGACCCCAUAAAAACUGCUUUCGAUAGAAUGAAGAGAGUGAAAAAUCCACCUAUUGCGUUAAAAAACUUUGCAAGUAUUGAGUCUAUGAGAGAAGAAAUCAACGAGGUCGUGGCAUUUUUACAGAAUCCAAAGGCAUUUCAGGAGAUGGGUGCCCGUGCACCUCGGGGAGUUCUUAUUGUGGGUGAGAGAGGAACGGGAAAAACGUCACUGGCGCUUGCUAUAGCAGCCGAAGCAAGAGUACCUGUCGUCAAUGUUGAAGCUCAAGAGUUGGAGGCUGGACUAUGGGUUGGUCAAAGUGCAGCGAAUGUCAGGGAACUUUUUCAAACUGCAAGAGACUUGGCACCUGUUAUCAUAUUUGUGGAGGAUUUUGACCUCUUUGCUGGUGUACGUGGGAAGUUCAUACAUACAAAACAGCAAGAUCAUGAAUCUUUUAUAAAUCAGCUUCUUGUUGAACUUGAUGGCUUUGAGAAACAGGAUGGUGUAGUUUUAAUGGCUACAACACGAAAUCAUAAGCAAAUUGAUGAGGCGUUAAGAAGGCCAGGUCGAAUGGAUAGAAUAUUCCACCUUCAAAGUCCAACUGAAAUGGAAAGGGAGAGAAUUUUACACAAUGCAGCUGAAGAAACCAUGGACAGAGAACUCAUUGAUCUAGUGGAUUGGCGUAAGGUUUCGGAAAAGACAUCUUUAUUACGGCCGAUAGAACUGAAACUUGUUCCAAUGGCUCUCGAAAGUAGUGCCUUCAGGAGCAAAUUUCUGGACACAGAUGAACUUCUGAGUUAUGUUAGCUGGUUUGCAACGUUUAGCCAUAUAGUGCCCCCAUGGUUGCGGAAAACUAAAGUUGUGAAGUCGAUGAGCAAAAUGCUUGUGAAUCAUCUUGGACUCAACUUAACCAAAGAAGAUUUGGAGAAUGUGGUUGAUUUGAUGGAACCAUAUGGACAGAUCAGCAAUGGAAUAGAACUUUUGAACCCUCCUGUUGAUUGGACGAGGGAGACAAAGUUCCCGCAUGCUGUUUGGGCUGCUGGUCGUGCUCUAAUCGCUCUUCUAAUACCAAACUUCGAUGUUGUAGACAAUUUGUGGCUUGAGCCUAGUUCCUGGGAAGGAAUUGGGUGUACAAAAAUCACCAAGGUCACAAGUGGGGGCUCGGCAAGUGGGAAUACGGAAUCAAGAUCAUAUCUUGAAAAGAAGCUCGUUUUCUGCUUUGGAUCUCACAUUGCGUCCCAAAUGCUUCUUCCUCCCGGAGAAGAAAAUUAUCUUUCAUCUUCAGAAAUAACGCAAGCGCAAGAGAUUGCAACACGCAUGGUGCUUCAAUAUGGCUGGGGACCCGACGACAGUCCUGCAGUAUACUAUGCCACCAACGCGGUUUCAGCUUUAAGUAUGGGGAACCAUCAUGAAUAUGAAAUGGCCAGUAAAGUCGAAAAGAUUUAUGACUUAGCGUACGAGAAGGCAAAGGGAAUGCUCCUUAAAAAUCGCCGUGUCCUUGAGAAAAUCACUGAGGAGCUACUCGAAUUUGAGAUCUUGACUCAAAAGGAUUUAGAAAGACUUGUUCAUGAGAAUGGCGGGAUUCGGGAAAAGGAACCUUUCUUUCUCUCUGGAACCAGUUACAACGAGCCAUUGUCAAGGAGCUUCCUUGAUGCUGGAGAUUCGCCGGAAUCUGUACUUCUGAGUGCACCAACCUAAAAAAAGCCAUGAAAUAUGAUUCCAUACGUUGAUGAUAGAGUUUCUUGCAGAUGCAGGAGUGAAAUUUCUUGCUGAUUGCAAAUUUUGUUCUUGUGUUCACCAGAUGAGAUUAGUUUAGUUUGCCAAGUUUGAGACUAGAGAUUCAUAUAUACAUCUUGUCAACUAUAAAACAACUGAAAGUUUCCUUGUCCUAUUAUUCGACUAUAUGUCUGUUAUUCUUACUGUUUGUUUAUAAUAAUAAAGUUAUCCGUGGUGAUUUCAUUUUAUCA